AUGGAGAAGAUCCUGGUCAAGCUGAAGAACGACCCCGGCAGCAUCACUACCGAGGACGCUCGUCGCUUGUCCGAGAACGUUGAAGCCCGGGAUGAGAAGUCAGCUCGCAUCAUUUCGGCAGUCGAAUCCUUCGCUGUUGCCAAUGAGGCACUGCAUGACCAGGACCCUAGCCUAGGUCAAGCACCUCACACCUCCCUCCUUACCGUCGUCAACGACUUACAUGCUGCCGUCGACACCAAUCCCAGCGAUAUCACUACUGAGGUCCUGAGGACCGUUCAGACUAAUAUUGUUUCAGAAAUGCAGAAGGCUGUCGGCCACGCCAACGCCCCUCGCCCUGAAUUAGAGGCCGAGCUCCGAGAGGAAAUUGCUAAGAUCGAACCCAAAGUCGUGCAAGGUACUGUCACUAAAGCCGAGGCCGAUCACCUUCACUCUCUCGAAGCCAGGGCUCAUGGUCAUACGGAAAAGGGUAGCAUCACCGCCAUCGCCCAGUCAGUCGCAGCCAAGCGUGAACGCCAGAUGUCACUGAGCAGCAGCUCUAGCCCCAGUAGCGGACGUUCUCGCGCCAGCAGCAAGACCUUCACAGGUACACCUCAGGAGCAGUCUCACCGUGACAAAGAAGCCAACCUCCACCAGGCCGAAGUCAGUACAAGGUCAAAGAUUGAGCAGGGCACCGUCACCCAAGCGGAUGCCGACCUUCUACAAUCGCGCGAGACGCGCGCCCAUAGCCACAUUGACAAGGUCGGACUCGCCGCUACCACACAGUCCCUCGUUUCUAAGAAGCGCCAGGAGUCCUUGAGCGGCCGCUCCAACGUCUCCCCCCGCGCCUCCGAGGCAGACUAUGAGCGCCGCAUAGAGCAGUCUCACCAUGACAAAGAGAUCAACCUCAAGGUUGUAGAGCUUACUAUCCAGCCCAAGAUUAUCGAGGAGAACGUUGUCGACUAG